AUGGCGGACGAGACCCCAUCCUCUCCCCCGAGCGGCGGAUGGGCCAGCAUACAGGAGGAGCUGGCCUACUACAAGUCGCAGUAUGAGACGCUGGAAACGGAGUUGCAGGAAUUCCAGAACUCGAGCAAGGAGCUCGAGGCCGAACUGGAGCGCGAUGUGGAGGAAAGCGAGAAGCGGGAGCGCAAGCUGCAGGAGAAGGCGGAGCGCCUGGGCUUCGAGGUUGAGGAGUGGAAGUCCAAGUACAAGCAGAGCAAGACGGAGGCCAACAACGCACAAAACACGCUGCAAAAAGAGAUCACCGCACUUCGCGACGGACAACGCACGCUACAGCUCAAGCUACGCGACAUUGAGGUGCAAAGCGACGACUUCGAACGGCAGGCGCGACACCAGAUGUCCUCACUGGAAGACGUGGAAUCGAAAUACAACGUUUCAAUCGAGCGCGCUGUCAUGUUGGAGGAGGAGCUCAAGAUCGGCGAGCAGGAGCGUGAAGGUCUGAGGAUAGAAACCCAACGGUUGCGGGACGAGUUGGGACUCGUUGCGGCCACGCUCGCCAGCUUCGGAAGCAUCGACGACCGCGACUACCCUCUCUUCUCCCACCGCGGCGUCAACCCCUCCACGCAACAAAGAAGCUCCACGAUCCGAUACCACACCGCCGUCACCGCCAUUGUCGGACGCGCCUGUCUCCACUCGAACGGUACCUUCCACGCCUAUGCCCAAGCGCAAGGGAUCCAUUGCUCUCGACCCAGGUGCUACACCUCGCGCUGGUCUGCACCAGUCGAGACAGCCAAGGCAUUCGCGUGGUCCAAGCAUACCCGCAGCACCCAGGCAAAGCAUGGGCACGAAUGGGCGUGUAACGCCAUCGAUCAGGACGACGGCACCUGCGCAGCGGGGCCCACGACCCAGUGUCGGAGGCAAUGUGCCAGCAGCGGGUUUGCCGAGGUCUGGUUCUCUUUACCAGAUUCGAGGGCUGAUUGGCAAGAUGCAGAAACUCGAAGAACGGGUGUACUCCGCGCGCUCCAAGCUUCCCGCGCCGACAAAUACACCGCCACGAGCCAGCCCACGGAAUGGAAGCGCAUUGGGACACCACGUUCCCAACAACGUUACAUUGCGAAGCAGCAGAAAACGGUCCUCGCAUGCUUCAGCAGCGUCUUCAGUCAACCAAGGAGCUGCCGACUCUGGGGGGUGUCAGCCGACUUUCGUUCGGCAUGUCCAGCUCGCGCGAGCCGACUAGCAGCCGGCCCAGCAGCCGCGCAUCGGUAUCAUCCCAAGCUGGUCGACCGGAGAGCAGGACUGGCAUGCAGCGGCCAGAAAGCAGGAGCGGUUUACAACGACCCGAAAGCCGAGGCAGCACAAGAACGCCGCUGGGUCAUUACUCGAGCUCUUCCAUUAGCUCACGUAUACAACGUCCGCGAAGCUCCUUGA